CUCUGCCCGGCCCCAGCACUGCAGACACGGCAGAGCGGCGCCCCGCUGCCUCUCCUCCUGCCGCGGGCUGCGGGGCUCGGGGGGCACCCACAGCCACAGCUGGACCUUAUCUGGGGCUGGAUCGUCCCUGCUUGACCCGGAGCUGCCACCGAGCAGUGCGGCGGCUUACAGCAGGACGGUAACUGCCAGUUUCUGGAUUUCUUCCUUCUCCACGUCGUCCCGUUCCUCCCAAAGCCCGUUAUUGAAGCGAGCGAGGCCGCUGUAUCAGCUGCAUCUUUGGCUCUUGCAAAGGCACCCGCAACGGGGGAGGCGGGUCAGCAGCUGAUGCCGGCCGACACAUUUGCUUCACUAAUGAGGCUCCUUCUUUUCAAGGGCUUUAAGAUAACACCUGGGGGCUGCGAGCAAGCAGCAGUGGGAUCCGGUUGCUCAGUUUUUGCCUGGCACAAGGUGCGGGCAGCACCAAGUGCCCAGCUCCAUGCCUCCUGGGGCCCACUGGUGUCAGCUCCCCACUGCCACCCUGCAACUGCCAGCAGCAGGUGAGAAACACCCCUCUCUGCCUGCGGGUGCCCCUGUCACCCCAGGACAAACCUCCCCUGGCUGAGCCCCGUCUCCUGUGUGCAGCCCUGUGAGCAGCACCCACGGCGGGCACCCUGCAGCAGCAAGCCCCAAGAGCCUUAACACCCUGGGGCAGCCGCUUUCCCUGCAUUUUGACUUAACUUGGCAAGCAGAGAAAUGCCACCCGCUGGCACUCACCCAAGCAGGUUCACCAGCGAAUGAAUCCUCCCGCUGGUUGCCCUCUCCAGGACAAGGGGCUCUCCCCACAGCACCACCCUCCACCAGCACAUCCUGGCUUGGCCUGUGGCCUGGGGUCAGAGCCAGCGUCCCCAGGCUGGGGCAGUGCCGCAGCAGCAGCUGAGGGAGCUGCUGGUCCCCCACGCUGCCAGGCCACAAGCGAGCGCAUAAACUGCAAGGAGCCAAGGGCUGCACCACCAGAUGUUUUCACGGCUUUUCCCAGUUCUCUUCAUCUACCCACGAGCAUUUUUCCCUAGAAAGAAGAAAUGUCUGUAAAUGCUUCCCUACCCUCACGCUCCUGCCAGGCAGGGGAUGGGUUCUACUGACCCUCCCACUGCCUCCCCAGCAGAGCAGGGAUGUGAAGCCCAUCCUGCUCUGCUCCCGCUCCCCCAAAGCGGCCCCGUGCCUCUCUUCCCGGCAGUGACCCGGCCCCGAGGGGGAUGCAGCCCAGCAGGUCACCGCUGCCGGAGCUGAAGCUCCGCAAACCCAUGCAGCGGGCCAGGAUCCCGGCGCCCUUCAUUAAUCCGGACCCCCCCAGCGCUGCCGUGCCAGACCCCAUGGAUGUGGACACCCUGGUGCCCACGCACGACGAGCAGGGCCACACCAUCCCCGAGUGGAAGCGGCAGGUGAUGGUGCGCCGGCUGCGCGCCCGGCUGGCUGAUGAGGCGGAGGUGUGCAACCAGGUACAGCCGGGCUGGGGGUGGGAUGCGGCAGGGCCCCGCCAGCACCGCCAUCUGACGGGCCUUCUGCCACAGGAGCCAGGUGCCUGGUGCUUCUCACCAUCCCACGAGGCGGUGCUGGGCCCCUUCGGGGAGCUGCUGACAGAGGGGGACCUGCAGCAGCUGGAGUGGGCAGUGGAGAGCCUGAGGCUGCGGCGGCGCGGCGAGGCCUACCAAGGCGAGCUGCAGCGCCUGGCACAGGAGUUGCGCGCCCUCCUGCCCUCCCCGUUGCUCAGCAUCACCGUCCACAGCCCCCCGCCUGCCCCGGGGCAGCCCCUGCCCCUCUGGUGCAGCCGCCUGGCUGGCGUGGUGGGCAGCCUGGCUACGCUGCUGGCCAACGCUGAGGGCGCCCGUGCCACCCCCGUGCCCACCCCACUGCCUGCCCCGCUGCCCGGAGCCUCCCGGACACCGGCAGGCAGCCUGGCACAGCGGGAGAUCCGGCAGUGUGGGGUGAGUGUCCGCAGCCUGCGCGGUGCCUUCGAGCACCCCGGUGGCAGCGGUGGGGAGAGUGAGCCCGGGGCGGUGGAAGCCGCCAGCGACUCGGGGAUCAGCUGCGAGGAAGCGCUCUCGGAUGGCAGCGGGUCGCCAGUGCCAGAGUCAUGCGGCCUGCGCAAGGAGCGCAUCGUGCUUCUCUUCCUGAGCCACUGGAAGCGCUCGGCUGGCAGCCCCAACCCGUGGGCUACAGCCUGCCGGGCGCUGCAGGCCCAGCGGGACGCGGUGGGUGCUCCCAGGGCCGAGGAGGGGCUGAGCAGGGUGAGCCGCCUGUCGUGGCAGAGGAGCGCCAUCCAGCAGCUCCUGGGCAGCUGGAGGGAUGCGGCUGCCCACCCGCUGCCGCCACCACCUCCCACCGGCGGCCCCCGCACCACCCUGUCCCCCGAGCAGUUCGUGCGGCAGGCUGACGGGGCACCGGCCGACUAUGACAGCCUCACCCUAGACCUCUUCAUGCUGGGCUACUUCCGCAUCUUGGAGCAGGACCUGGCCCCUGAGGAGCGCCGGGGCCGGCACCUCCUCUGCUUUGAGGUGUUCGACCACCUGGGCCGGCAUGGCUGGGAGGCCGCGCGCGCCUUCCACCGCGCCGUCACCGAUGAAAUCACUGCUGGCCGGCGCAGCUGGAAGGACAGCUUCGAGGACAUCAAGGCGAGGUACUUCGGCACCACCAAGGGCUCAGCCUGGCUGCCAGGGAUGGCCAGGGGGAGCCCCCUGCAGCCCGGUGCCCGCAGGCCAGCCACCGGCCGCUCCAGCAGUGAAGAGAUCUGCAGGUGCAUCGACCGCAGCUUCGCCUUCUGGAAGGAGAAGGAGGCCGAGAUCUUCAGCUUUGAGGAGUGACACCUCCCACCACCCUGUUCCCCCCAGCA